AUAAUAAUAAUAAUAAGAAGAAGAAGAGGCCCUUGAAUCGGAGUGAAGCCAGAUUGAGUGCCGGCUCCCAGGAUAAUCUCCACCCGAGACACAGCCAUGAGUGAGGCGGCGGUUCAGCCCGAGAGGACCCCUCCCAGUGUCGCGGAGAAGAAAGUACUCGCUACAAGUGUUCUUGGUACUGUGAAGUGGUUUAAUGUCCGAAAUGGCUAUGGAUUCAUUAACAGGAAUGACACGAAAGAGGAUGUCUUUGUUCACCAGACAGCCAUCAGGAAAAACAACCCUCGCAAGUACCUGCGAAGUGUCGGAGACGGAGAGACUGUGGAGUUCGAUAUCGUUGAGGGUGAGAAGGGAGCAGAGGCUGCCAAUGUGAGUGGUCCAGGGGGAGUCCCAGUCAAAGGGAGUCGCUUUGCUCCAAACCGUCGGCGCUUCCGCAGAGGCUACUUCAGACGCCGGGGUCCUGCAGCUCAGGGCAACCAGUUGGUGACCCAGGAGGCAGCAGAGAGUUGUGGCGAGAGGCAGGAGGGUGCGCUGGAGAAAGGUGAUGGCCUGCAGCAACCAGCCAACCAGCGCCGGCACCUUCCCCCUCCCUACUUCUACAGAAGCCGCUUCCGGCGCCGGCCUGGAACCCCGACCUCUCCUCAAGGCGGAGAGGGGACGGCAGUCAGUGGCGAUGAGCUGUCCAAGAACAAAGAGCCAGUUGCAGACUCGGGCCAGGCCCAGCCACAGCCACAGCCACCAAGUCAACGUGCGGCAAGUGGAGCCAAGCCCCGAUCCCAAUUCCGCAGGCGGCCCUUCCGUGCUCAGUCCCAGCAGGAGGGACUGGACGGGGUGGAUGAGAACAAGGAUCCAAAGACUGACCAGCCGCUCCCGGAGCGCCGACGUUUCCGACGCCCAUUCUUCCGCCGCAGGACCAACAUAUCGACUCAGGUGCCCGCGGCACAGGAGCCGGCCGACGCCGACGCCGAGGUCAAACCCGCCGAUGACAGCUCCACCUCAGGGACCCCUGCUGAAGAAGCUUCGGAGACCCCUCCUGCCCCCGCUCCGGUCCUGGCUGUCCCGGAAACACAGGCGAACAAAGAACCGGCGCCACUUUCAGGAGAAACUGUCUCCACAGCAGUGGCAGUGACAGCUGAGAAAACACAAUGUGUCAUGACACUGCAACCUGAGGACACUCACCUGGCUGAUAAAAUAGUAGAACCCAUCCCAGAGCAGCCCGUUGUAACAGCCAGUGCAGCUCAACCGGAUCAGGAACAAAUCAGCAUCUGAGCUGACAGCACUGGGUUUCAAAUGGAUUUUUUUUUUUUUUGCUAAUUGCACAUGGAGUUCUUGGACUUGUGGGAAUGGGGAGAGGAACCUGGAAUAGCCCCGAUACACAUUAGCUUUAUAUUAAAAAGAAAUGAUAUCCCAAAUGAAGAUGGGGAGCUUUUGGACUUAUUGGAGAGAUGUUUAUUUACUCUUAUUUUCUGUGCAAUGUCUUGUUCCUUUCCUCCCCCUCCGAGGGGUAUGGUUUUGUAUGUUUGUCCACAUGGUGCUUGUUCUGGAGUCCCUUCCUGCUCAGCACCGUGUUUACAUCUUCCUGGUUUUACUUUUCUCAAUGUGCUAAUUUGGGGUCAUGUGCAAUAAUAAAAACGGCUUCUUAAAGAUUGUCAGCAGCCGCCUAACGCUGUGUCUGUUCCUUUGGCUCUUGGACAGUUCUGACAACUGAAGGAGGCCAUUUGGCCCAUGG